AUGUUUGUAAAGAUCAAGCAGAACUUGGAGAAUCGAUCGUUAUGGAAGAAGAGAUGGAUAUGGUCCAUAGGAAUUGUCAUGGUAGCGAUGUCGUUGAUGAUGAGCUGGUUGGUAUUAAGGAAAAAUCGAAUCCAAUACAUUGUUUCGCUUACUCAAUGGAACAACCUGACCAGUGUAACAUCAUCCUCUUCCAACACUCCAACUUGUGAAGAUUAUCAAGUUGCCUUCUAUCCCGACGAUGACCAAACUCAACCCAUUCAAUGUGGCCAAUGCAUUCCUGGAACUUCAGGUUUAGACACUCGAGAGUAUUGUGCCAUUCAUGAAUAUUGCACCGACGACGGUCAAUGCCAACCCAUUACAUCACAUCCUCUCUAUCAUGCAGCAUGUCCACGAGAAUUGGGUCGCCCUGAAACCAAAGACGGAUGGUGUGGUGCAGGACUUCGUUGUUUACAACAUCAAUGUCGACCCUGUGUCACUGGCAUGAUGGAUUAUGCCGAUGGUAAAAUUUGUGUGAAUGACGUGUGGACCUAUGAUACCUUACAAAUUGGUUUUUAUCAUCCCACUGUGAUUUUUCUGACAGCGUUUGUGGUCUUGGUGGCAUCGAAUAUGUGUCUCGAUGGUUGCAUGGAAGCCGUGUUUGCAUGUCAAAAGAAACGACAACGACGCAUUGAGGAAAAUUUGAAAAUCUUUUAUCAAUACAUGAUCUCAACGAGAGAGGACAAGCAUCAGCAGCAAUGA